CCCUGUCCUUGACAGGACAGUGAGGAGCAGGCAGGAGAGAGAGAGAAACCCAGACAUAUCAGGGAGAGGAUGGCGGGACAGCGAAGGUUUAAAUCCCGCUCCGACUACUGUUUCGGGUCCCUCCUGCUCGCGUUAGCGUUGUCACUUGCUCCUUUUCUCGGUGGGGAAGCCUUCGCUGUACUCCCUAGCGCGGUGGCUCGUGCGAGCGCGUUGACGAAGCCGGCGCCCCCUACCAGCGGUGUUGACAACAGGCGGGGCGGCAGAGUUGGGAGACGUACCGGAGGGGGCAGUUGGAUGAGUUCUUCGGUAGGGGCUUCCGCAGCCGAGGCCUCAGCAGCAGAAGCGAUGUCCGGUACCGCCGCGGCGACGCCGCCAGGGUCUGAAACGACACCAGACGCGCCGACGGGGGCGGAGAGAUCGAGCCCUACCCCCGACACGCCGAGAACGCUAGGAGGCGUGGCCGAGGAAGGGUUUUCAGGCACGCGGCGGGGUUUCCAAGUUCAAAAGGAGUACGCCGUGCCGGACGAGGCCCCGACGAAUCUGCCCGAGGGAGAGGACGAAGGGUACCCUAUGCUCAUCUACCAGUUCAUGCAUGCCCAGUACCGAGACGACUUCCCGAGCGUAUCAAGCGCCAGGAAAGCUGUGCGGAGAAAAGAGCUGCUGCUUAACGGGACCGAGGUCCGGAACGAUUCGAAGGUCAACCCCGGGGACACUGUGACGAUGCAGAAACGAACUCAGCCGGGACUGUUCCCGCAAGGGAAGCCUUCGUGCACUCUGCCGAUCUUGUGGGAGGACGACUUCAUUGCGGUCAUCAUCAAGCCCGCAGGGGUCGCGGUGCACGGGGGCACCGGGGAAGACGACCCAGGGCCCGGCGGGAGGAGGAGCGUGAGACAAGCUCUCCCCUACAUGCUCACGCCCACCAAGAGCAAGGACCGCCCGCUGCACCGCCCGCUACACUGCCACAGGCUCGACAAGGCCACCGGGGGGCUGUUGAUCUGCGCCAAGACGCGGCCUGCGCUCAGCGCUAUCGGCGACGCAUUUGAGCAACGGCUGGUGUCGAAGCGGUACGUAGCCCUCGUCGCCGGGGAGCUGGAAGGGAGCGGCGCGAUCGUCACUCCCCUGGACGGAAAAGCCUGUGUCACGAACUACCGCGUGAGGGGACCUCCCGUGAGGUCGCUCAAGACCUCGGUAAUCACUACGGUCGAUCUCUGGCCGGUCACAGGACGGUUGCACCAGCUCAGAAGGCACUUGUCGAGCAUAGGCUGCCCGAUUCUGGGUGACAGGCGCUACACGCCUGAUGAAGUUCCUUUUCAGGAAGGCGGCAUGUAUCUGCAGGCGGUCGGCCUAACAUUCCCGCAUCCCAUCACCCGCGAGGAGAUGAACUUUUCCAUACCAGAGCCAGCGAAGUUCGAAAAAUGGCGAGAAAAGGAGCACCAAAGAUGGCUGCAGCACGAAACUGGCAGCGGUAGCAGUGGCGAUGGCGAUGUGUCCGCCGGCGUGGAUGGCGCAGAUGCACAAGGCGGCGAGGAGAAGAAAAAGCCAUCUGUGAACGCCGUGCCAGAAGUGGAGGGCUUGCAAAUGGAAGAGCGAGACGGGUUCAGGUAUUAUCAGUAUGAUUGGAGCGUGGUGGGAGGCAAACCCACCGCGCUGUCCACAGACGACAUCGACACUGCCUUGGACGGCGCUCCGUAGGUUAACGAGGUUGUUCUCAAAAGUCUCGUCGUGUUCCGUGUUCCCGUACGCGGUCAUUAUUGCGUUCUUGUGAACAGUAACCGUCAUGUUCUGUGGUCGGGCGGGUGUUAGGCUGGGCGUACGUGUGGGUGGCAAGCCACGCCUCCUAGAGCCCUUCGUAGAGCAGCCGUUACUCUCCAGCUAGAGGUUGAUGUUCCUUGUUGAGGAGGGUCGGUAGUGUGGGCAACUGUCGUUGUUUUUGUUGUUGUCGUGUUCAUGUACGUUAAAAAUCGUUUCGAUCUGUACCCGGUACCUUUUAACAUCCGUAACUAGUCCAGCUUACUUGGCGAACAGAAAGUCGACGGAACUGGUCAAGGUCGAGACUCGAUCAUGAAUAUCUUAUCCACGGAUGGUCGUUGACAGGAUGUUUGCUUCGGAACAUGAAUUGGGUUGUUCCGUGCAUGCCCUGUCCCGUGCAAGCUAGCUAUAGUAGGCAACAUGCUGGUGCUUUGCAUUUCGUUCUUGAGCUUGCCGAUCGAUGGCACACCUUCUAGGCACCUU